GCCCACCAUUAAACCCCGCCUCCUCGCCCUCCCUUUGACCUGCCUCCUCCUCCACCUCCGCCUCCACUCCGCCUCCGCUUCCUCCCCUUCUAGGGUUUAGGGUUUUGUAGCCACCAUGCACCGCCACCUCUCGCGCCUUCUCAACCCCCGCCUCUUCCUCCUCCGCUCCACCACCACCACCACUACCUCCGUCGCCGCCUUCUCCACGUCCUCCAAGCGCCCCUACGCUCGCCGCGACAAGCCGGCGCCCGCGGAGAAGGCCGGGGACGACUCGGCGGCCGCCUCUUCUCCUGCGGCGGCGGGGGCGGGGGCCGCCACGUGGCAGAGGGAAAAGCUCCCGAGCGAGCUGCCGGAGCCGCCUACCAUCCCGUUCCAGCCGCGCGUGGCCAACGCCGUGCGCCUCGUAGGUUCGGUUGGGGCGCCCGUGCAGAUGCAGCGGAUGCCUGAUGGACGUUUCUCCGCCGUCUCCGUGCUCGUGCAGGACCGCCGCGUCGACUUCCCCAAGUUUUGGAUUCCUGUAAUUUUCCAAGAUGAUUUGGCACAAGUUGCUGCUUCUCACUUAAAAGAAAAUGAUCUCGUCUAUGUGUCUGGGCAAUUAACUGGUGAUGUUCCACCGUUCAAGCUUACUGAUGGCCAAGCAAACAUUCAGGUUUUAGCGCAUCUGCUGUCGUUUGUUGAUAGUAAAGUUGUGGAAGCGGAUGUUGUAAUGGAUGAAGAUGAAAGGCUUAUGGAGGUCGUUGAAGCUAAAAAGAAAGUUGAAGCGAAAAAAGUCGGCUCUGAAUAUCCACGUGGCACAGUCUCAGCAGGUUACAAAAACAAGAAGGAUAAGUUAAACAAACUCUGGAAUGAUGUUAUUGCUGGACCACAAGAUUGGAUCGACAACCGGCCUCAGAAGAAAAAUGGAUCUAGAAGUGCAAAGUAUCCUGAUUUUACGAACAAAGUUUCAAAAGAGGUACUCUGGCUCGACAGUGCACCAACAACAGUGCUUGAAAAGUUGGAUGAUUUGGUCUUUGGUAGUGGUUAUGAUGCUGGUAGAAAAGAUAAGCCUUUUGAUAAUGACACGCGAAAAGGUGCUGGUACGAACUGGAUGAAGUUUAGGAAGAGCCCAGAUGCUUCUGCUGUGUCAAAACAAAAACUUGAAGCGGACUUGUGGCGAGAUCUUGUGGACAAUUCAGAGAAUUGGUGGGACAACAGAUCAGACAAGUUGACUAGCAAGCAUCCUGAUUUCAAGCACAAAGAAUCUGGCCAAGCUCUGUGGAUAAAUACCAAGUCACCUCAAUGGGCCAUUGCUGCACUGCCAUCCUUGAAAUUUAAGGGAGCUAGCACGGGUACGAGAAAGCAAGAGACGUUGCUGUCGUGAAUCAUAUGAGCUGGCCUCAGUGGUAAGCCCUUCCGUGUGCUACAUGCUCAGCUUUUUCUACUAAAUAUUGGGGUUGUCUGGAGGAGCUUUGCGUAAGGCGUGUAGCAAUAUACGCUAACGUCUGAUUCAGAUAGAGUGCUAAACAGAAUUCAGGUUGGUCCAUUUCGUAAUGUCAGGGCUCAGGAUGUAAAUAGUUCCAAAUUCAUGGUAAUACGUAUUGUCACAUCCUGUGGGCUUAAUUCGAUACCCUUAAAAGUCCCGUUUUGGCUA